UAUUCUCAGAAGUGGAAUGUCUGCAUCAUAUGACCCAAGGGCCAGGUGGAGCUAUGAGCACCAACUACACCUCCAUGGAUCCACUCCAGAAGUGUAACCCAACACUGAUUUCGGAAUCUUCCCCAGUGAUCUCUGAAGAGACUUCCCGGGAAGUCACAGCAGCCUCCCCUCCUUCCUUCUCAGAACUGCUGAUGAUGGGCCUCGGGGACCUCAAAAGCAGUCCUGGCCCCAAAUACCCUGCCCCUCUGCCAGAGGGGCUGCUCCAGCAGCAGUACAGGGAUGACAAGACCCUACAGGAGAGGCGCUGGGAAAGGUCAGCAUCCCCUCAGAGGAAGAGAACACUUCUGGGGCACAUGAGACGGCGACACCUUGAUCACGUGGCACCUUAUCGGGUUGAAAGAAAUGCCAGGAUCUCUUCAUCAGGUGAUAGAGAUCAGAACGGAUUCCGAUGUGAAUGUCGAUACUGCCAGAGCCAUAGGCCCAAUGUCUCUGGGAUGCCUGCAGAGAGGAAAGGGGCCCCACAUCCUUCCUCCUGGGAAACGCUGGUGCAGGGCCUCAGCGGCUUGACCCUCAGCCUGGGGACCAACCGGCCUGGCCUUCUGCCUGAAGGGGUGCUCCAACAGCAGGAGAGAGGGAGAAGCUCCAACUGGAGAUGCAGCAGGAAAGCAAAAGAAUGUUUCAGAGGCUCCUAAAACAGUGGUUGAAGGAAAACUGAGGCUCUCAUCCUCAUGUAGCAGAGAUCUGAGUGGAUUUGGACAUGGUUGCCGGUGUUGCCAGAUCCUGAGCCCGGAUUCCUGUUGGGGACCAAACAGGAAGCAAUCAGAGAAGGUAGAGAAAUAAGAGCAGUGUGAGGACUGAAAACUCUGUCAGUGUGAGCAUGGAUCCAAUCCCAGGAAGGUCUUACUUUUUCCUGCCUGGAGUUUCUGGAUCACCGUGGGGCUUUCUAUGGAACACUGCAUACCAGAGGUCCUUAACUUCUGUAUUAUGGCUCCCAUGAUGCAUGUUGUCACUUUCCCACCCCAGAUCUCUGUCUCUCCUCCCUGCCUUGUUGUCAAUAAGAUACCAGGUUUCUCUGUAGCAUGAAUGCCCUGUUGAUGGCCAUGUGCUUUUGUGCCAUUUCACUGACUGCCUCCCAGAAGCAACACUAGUUCUGCCGGAAUGCAGCGUGUGCUCAACUGAGAUCCACUUCCAAGAAUCUGAUGCUAAACAACGUGCAGAAAGGGACGCGGGACUGGAACGUGGUGUUUCACCAUUGUGUUAUCUGUGUAAGCCAUUAUGAAUAUGCUGAGCUAACUGUAGAUCAGUGUUUCCCUGCUUUGUAACAUUGAUUGUAUUCUCCUUGGCGGAGUUUCUGAUGGGUUACCUCAUUGUGCAUACCUAAUAAAUAUACAUAAGAAAGGAAAAUA